GACUAAAGCUUUGGGGCACCCCAGUACGCGCGACGCCUGAGUUGCCGGUAAAUCACCGGAUCAUGUGCCUGCGUUUAUUCUGCGAAAGUCGCCUUGCAACCCUGAUCUCAGCUUCUUUUUUUUUUCACUCCACGUCGAUAUACAAUGGCAAUGCUCGAGGGACCCCCAUCGCUUCGAUGGCUCUUGAACCCUGUCUCAACCACUGGCGCGUCUUUGGCGCCUUCAUUCCAGACAGAAUCUCGGGUUAGUUCUGAAAUUGAAAUUCUAGUUCGGGAUGACACGUCGGAAUGGAUGUUCUCGCGUGAUUCCUCUGCUCUUCGUAUAGGCGCUCGGCACCCUCUCCCACCACGGGACGACAAUUCUGGUUUUGACAGAAUCCAAGUUCCCUCGUAUACUACAUUUGACCCUCAGUCCGUGUCUCAUAACAACAAACGACGCUUCCACGAGAUUGAUGAUCGCAACUGUCGGGUGUCCGACGGCAGUUCAGAAUUAGCUGCUCAGCCGAAGCCGGUGUUUUAUAAAAACAAAACUGCGAUGCGUGCUCCACCCAAACCCAAGCUUCAGCAGCAACAUUACUACAGUGCAGUCUCUGGCGCUCCAGUUCAACCGACGCUAAAAGAUAUUUACGGCAAUGACGGGUCCAUGCAAUACCCUUACACCGGAUGUCCACGCGCUUUCGACAUCUUCACCCAAUACGACGAAAUGAAAAUCCACCUACGCAGGAGCACGCAAAUCGAAAGGCUGAAGUGGCCAUCCAGCGGAAUGUUUCUUACGUCGAGCUCGAAAAUGUGAACGGAUCGUGUUUCUCUUUUGCUCCAAAAAGAUGUACCCAUGGCGAUGCGCUAGACUCUAAAGCGAAGA